CAAUUGCUGGUGACGUCGUAGCGGUGAAAUUGUCUCUUCCUCUCCCUUCGCAUUCUCUGUUUUAAACACCAUCGCCGUUCUCUUUCUCGACCCCGCUUCCUCCGCCUUCCGAAGAGGACAAACUCCUGUCUUAGACGAUGCAGGACAGGGAAGAAAUCAUCUUUCAGGCGGAAUCUACGGCGGCGAUCCCGGCGGGGAGGCCAUUAUAGUAACCGCAAGCUCAAAAGCGCACUUUUUUUUUUUUUUGUGUUUUUAUCGAGUCUGUCGCAGUGAUCGGUUCAAAUUAGGAAAACGGAAGAGGAGCAACACCUGCAGGCGUUGGGCUGUUCAGGUUCUAUUAUUGGGGCGAUGAUUACUGUUAACGUUCUCUAACUAGAAUCUCCGAUCGCUGGUCUUUGCUUCAUUUUGUGAAAUUUUGGGCGUCGUGAAUUUGUAUUGGCAUUUGGGAUCGUCCAUUUCUUCCUCGAUUUCACCUUCCUCUUUUGUGGCUUUGUGAUAAUUGAGUGUUGUAGAGAUGGAGUGGUAGUGUGCAGUAGCUCAGGGUGAGAAGGGGAGAGGAAAGUUUAGGUCUGGACUCUAUGAUCGCCAGCGCCAUGCCGUUCCAGAUGAAAGUUCAACCCAUCGACGGGAGAGCGCCGGCGAGGAUCGACCUGGCCAAGCCCGCUCCUAAGUCCCGGCUCAAGAGGCUCUUCGAGCGGCAGUUCCCCGGCGUGAUGCGGAUCUCCGUGGCGGAGAAGCCCAGCGAUGGGAGGGAGAGGGAGCGGACGGACGACGUCGUUGAGGUGGAGCCGAGCUCCGUGUGCUUGGACAAGAUGGUGCUCGGCUUCAUGGAGGAUGGGGAAAACGAAAGGCCGCCUCGCGGCAGAUGUAACUGCUUCAAUGGUAAGUACGAUGAUAGCUCCGACGACGACAUGGAUAUCCGCGGUGGCGGAGAUCAUCCGACCCCAACCGAUGCCGCCGAGUUUAUCAAGGGAUUGAUCCUCUGCGCGAGCGUCGCCGAGAGGAAUCUUUUGGCCGACGCAUCAAAAAUCAUGGAGAAAGCCAAGCAUUCGAAGUGCAAGGGCGAUUGCCGGAGGAUCAUGGUCGAAGGUCUGCAAUUGCUCGGCUACGACGCUGCCAUUUGCAAGUCCAAGUGGGAUAGAAAGCCCUCCUUUCACGCAGGAGAGUACGAUUACAUCGACGUGGUGAUCGACGGCGGCGAACGCAUCCUCGUCGACGUCGACUUCCGGUCGGAGUUCGAGAUCGCUCGUUCUACCAAGUUGUACCGCGCGGUCCUCCAUCACCUUCCGCCCCUCUUCGUCGGCCGGCCUGACCGCCUGCAACAGAUCGUCGCCGUUGUCUCGGAGGCAGCGCGACAGAGCCUGAAGAAGAAGGGCCUCCACGUUCCUCCGUGGCGCAAACCCGACUACAUGCGGGCCAAGUGGAUCUCCCCCUACACGCGCUUGGUCGAAGCCGAAGCCAAUCCCGACGACGACCGCGAACCGGUCAUGGGCAGCGCGGCCGAGAACAUCACCGGGUACCCAGCCUCGAUCCUGCAGGGAACAACCGAGCCGAUCCCGGACGUUGACACCUCCUCGGAAAGCUUCGAUUCCAGUGCACCGACGGCGGCGCCGUGGCAACCGCCGCCGCCGAGGCCAAGAACAGGCGUCAAGGUCGUCGCCGGCUUAACUGCGGUGCUUUGAGAAGCCUACCCUUCUUUAUUUAUUUUUACUUUUUUUUUUUUACUUUAACAAAGCGAGUGAUAUAUGACGUCUUUUAAGAGUCGAGAGGUUCACUAGCCUUUAUAUAUUACAUCACAUAUCUUCCUUUUUUUUUUUUAACCCUUUUAAAGAGGGUUUAUUACUGUAAGAGAUCUUUUGUUACUAUGAACAAAGGUUUUGCCAUAAUAACAAUCUUUCGAUAUAUUUUAAUUUAA